GCUGCAAUAUCGCUCACCAUGGCAGGACCAAAUCUGGAAGUCUUCAAGUUUGGGCUCUACCUCUUCUUCCCACUAGCAGUGAUGAUCCAUUACGGCGACCCAGACUGGUACAAGAAGAACGUCCUGCCCCUGCGAGAUGAAUUCUGGCCAAAAGAAUCAACACUGUUCAAACCUCCACGCAAUCCGGAAGACUUGCGAGCGACUCGGGAAGGCAUGAGGGCAGAGAGGCUAGCCAGAAGAGAGGAGCGACUCAACGAGAAUCGAGGGGCUAUCGAGGCUGCUGCUGGCAAGGUCGGCUCGAGCAGGAAGAGCUUGACCACCGCAGACGCUCCCGCUGCUUCGCCUCCGUCCGGGCCGAUCGUGUCAGACGCCCAGAGGCUCUCUGAUUGGGCAAGAGUGGACAGGGAACGAAGGGUAUGAAAGCAAAGCAGCAGGAAGAGUAGGAGCUACACACACCAGGUACAUAGUACAGUGCACUACCACAGGACGACAGGGUUUGUAUUAUUUAGUCAGCUUCUGUAGGGGACGGUCAUCUGUAAUAUUUACACGUUCGCAGCG